GAGUAAACAUGUAAUAACUUCCAGGAUUGUGACCAGAAUGUAAACAGUGCUGAGGUGCUAGCUAACUGCUGUUAACGUUAACGGUAGCUAAUUUCGUUAAUGUAGCUGCUGAAUCGCACACGUUAUGGCUUCACUAUCGGUUCCUCGGGCUGAGAGGGCCUCCUAACCCCCCGUUUCCCUUUAUCUAUCGUGCCGUUUGAUUGCAUACAUGAUCUAUAAGCUGUAAAAAUGACCAAAGACAUCGUUGUUGGGGACGAAUUACCAGACUGGGUGGGGGCCAAGGAGUUUUAUCAGAAGUAUGACCCUAAAGAGGUGAUUGGCAGGGGUGUGAGCAGUGUGGUGCGCAGGUGUGUGCACAGACACACCGGUCAGGAGCUGGCAGUGAAGAUUAUUGAGAUCACAGCUGAGAAGAUGACAAUCCAGCAGCUGGAGGAGGUGAAAAUCUCCACGCUGAAAGAGAUCCAAGUGCUCAACAUGGUGAAGGGACACCCUUCCAUCAUCACCCUCAUUGAUUCCUAUGAGUCUGCUACAUUCAUAUUUUUGGUGUUUGACCUCAUGAGACGUGGAGAACUGUUUGACUACCUCACAGAAAAAGUAACUUUAAGUGAGAAGGAAACCAGGAGCAUAAUGCGCGCUCUGCUGGAGGCUGUCCAAUACCUUCAUUCCCUCAACAUCGUACACCGGGACCUGAAACCUGAGAACAUUCUCCUGGAUGAUCAGGGGCAUAUCAAACUGUCUGACUUUGGUUUCUCUGUGCAGCUACAACCUGGGGAGAAGCUUAGAGAGCUUUGUGGGACACCUGGUUAUUUGGCACCUGAAAUACUGAAAUGUUCCAUGGAUGAGAUGCAUCCAGGCUAUGGCAAGGAGGUCGAUCUCUGGGCCUGUGGAGUCAUCCUCUUCACCUUACUGGCCGGCUCGCCUCCGUUCUGGCAUCGUAAACAGAUGCUGAUGCUGAGGAUGAUCAUGGAAGGCCGCUAUCAGUUCAGCUCUCCAGAGUGGGACGACCGCUCCGACACUGUGAAGGAUCUGAUAUCCAGGCUGUUAGUGGUGGACCCAGCUAACCGUCUCACUGCUGAGCAAGCCUUAGCGCAUUGCUUCUUCAGACAGUACCAGAGGGAUGUGCGGCUCUUUAGCCCCAGAAAGACGUUUAGGGUACUGAUAGUGAGCGUGCUCGCCUGCAUCAGGAUGUACAGCCAUUACCGCAGGGUGCGGCCGCUAACCCGGGAGGUGCUGGCGAGAGAUCCUUACUCCAUCCGCGGCAUCCGCAAGCUCAUCGACGGCUGCGCCUUCCGGAUCUACGGCCACUGGGUGAAGAAAGGGGAACAGCAGAACCGAGCGGCCCUCUUUCAGAACACUGCUAAGAUCAUGCUGCUGGAACUGGAGGAGUUUGAAACAUAAAAGGUCAACCUCAUUGCUAAAAGUGGCUUUUAUGUAUCUGUUUGCAUGUGCCGUCAUUGCAGUGUCUGUUCCAUCGAGUUACUGUUUGAAUUUCGAGGUCAGUAAUCGGAGGAUGGGGAUUUUUGCGUGCCUUAACGUGCAUCGUGGCUCUGAAAGUUCUAGAUAAGCAUGCAUCACUUAAUCAUCCUCAUCUGAUGUUGUCUGAAACUCCAUGUCAGGUCAUCUGGUUUGCGGUGCAAUUUGCCACUGAGGACACAUUGCACAAUCAUUUUAAAACUCAUCGUAAUAUAUAUAUUUAGGAUUUUAUGUGUUAAUCGUCCGUUAUAACUGAGUAGACCAGUGGUGUCAAACUCAUUUUAAUUCACGGGUCACAUAAUCAUAAUAAAAACCUAUUUAAAAAAAUCUUAAAAUGUUUCCUUCUCUUUUAGCGGCAAAUACAAUUUAUAUAUUUAAUUAAUCAUACAUUUACUAAGAUGAUGAUGGUGAAAAUAAACUUCCCUCUUAACAACUUACAAAAUACUAAUAGUCAAGAAACUGCACCCUUCUCGUCUGCACGUGUGGCCCAUGGACUGUGUGUUUGACACCCCUGACGUAGAGGAUGCAUUUCUAAGCACUGUGUAGGUUAAGUGGAAGUUAAAGCACUGAGAUUCGUUAUUUAAAGGGGACCUAAUAUGCUCAUAUUGACUCCACUUGAGUAGCUUUGCAGUCCAUAAAACCCUUAUCUGUGUUUCAGUGCAGACCUUCAGUUUGUGCUCCGAAACAGGCCACGCUACCACUAAACCAACUUUCUUCUGAUUGGCUGCCCCACCACAAACAAAAGGUUUGAACAGAAAGUAUUUAGGGCUUCAUAUUCAUAUACACAAAACUAACAGUGGGGGAAAAACUGCCUGACCCCUGACCUCAUUAUUUGAAAUUUUAAUAUGAGCACGUCAUUAUAAAAAUGACAGAAACUAAGGAAAAGCACAUUAGGUCUCCUUUAUUAGAUACAUACAGGUACAUAGAUGUGCUGCAUUAAAGCUCAGAUUUACAUAUAUACCAGUAUUACAAGUCAGCACUGGGCACAUGUGUGAAAUAUUCAUGUUAAAUGUUCGGAGUGUUUUUGUAGCUGUCAUGCAUGCAAACAUUCCUCAAAAAUCCACUCAGACUAACUCUGAACAUCGUUUGUGACUGUAUUUCUUCCUAAAAACUAACAAGCACCAUUCCUAACUCAGUCUGUUCUUCAGUGUAAACAGAAGCACUUUUUUCCUGGAAGUGCCUGUUUGAAAAAUGUGUACUGAUAUAAAUGCAGGUAUAAAGUAUGUUGUACUGUACACGCAGAAAGAGGGUUUUAUUGACAAUAAAACAUGUUUUAAUCGUG